AUUGAAGGUGACAAUAUAAGAUGUUAUUUCAUCGAAAGGAUAAACGAGCAAGGUUACACGGAGAUUGAAUCCGCUUGGGAACCCGGACUAUUCCUUGGUACGGUAGCUCAACAAUCAAGUGGUUUUAACAGUCGUGGACGUUUCCAAGAUCCAUCCACAUAUGAGAAAAAACGAAAGUGCUUCUACUGGACAAAACUACAACGAUUCGUGCCAAACUCGGAGCUACAUCGAUGUGCACGACAGCAGAAGAAGAAAUUGAAUCACAAUUUAACAAUGCCCAACGAGAGUUUUCUGCGUAACAUAAUGCGUGCAUCGCUCUUGCAGAAAAUUCGAGCCACUGAUGAUGGACCUUAUAAUAUAAAAAAUUUUACCAUGUUGUAA